AUGGCGAACAACCUAGAUGAAGAAUCAAGCCCUCUUUUGGGCACCACCGACACCAAGAUAAACGAAUCAGACCCAAAUGCUCCGAUAGGAAAGGUUGAUGAAUCUUUUCUGCCUCCAUCGCCGCCGCCGAAACAGCCGCCGGUUCCAAAAGUAGCUCAGCCCCAGGUGGCGGAGACUUAUGGUUGGGCUGCUGAUGGAUUGCCUUUGGGUGUGGUUGGUCAGCCUAUGAUGGGCCGUGUACCGUGGAAUUCUGGGCUUUUUUCUUGUUUUGGUCGCAAUGAUGAGUUUCAUUGCGAUGAGUUUCAUAGCAGCGAUCUUGAAGUUUGUCUUCUUGGAAGUGUGGCUCCAUGUGUUCUCUAUGGAAGCAAUGUUGAAAGGCUUGGGUCAACCACAGGGAGUUUUUCUAAUCACUUCUCAUCUUAUGCUGCUCUGUACCUGAUUGGAAAUUCCUUUUUUGGGUGGAACUCUUUGGCUCCUUGUCUUUCAUACACAAGUCGUACUGCUGUUCGUCGUGCAUUCAAUCUCGAGGGAGGUUGCGAGGCUUUAUUACGACACUUAGGGUGUUCUGGAAGGUUAGUUGAAGAUGAGAUGCAACAGGAGCAGUUGGAAGCCGCUUGUGAUUUUGCCACCCAUGUCUUGUGUCAUCCAUGUUCGUUUUGUCAGGAAGGUCGGGAGAUUCGUCGUAGGCUGCCACAUCCUUCUUUGAAUGCUCAGCCAGUGCUGGUUAUGAUUCCUCCUUGGGGACAGGCUAUGGAUCGUGCGUGAUCAUCCAUGAAACCUUUCUUUGAUGAUGUGUCUAUACCUGUUUUGUCAGUCAUUUAUUAAUUUUUUUGUUUGACGAAAAGAAGUU